AUGAAUGAUGAAUUAGAUUCAACAUCAGUGAUAAAUAAUGAAAAACGAACAUCAGCUGCUAAACUUGUUGAACGACUUGUUUCAAAUCAUACACUUGAACGUUUAAAUUUAUCAUCGAAUAAAAUAAAAUUUAUUCCAAGACAAAUAUUACAUUCAUUACCACAAUUACAAAUAUUUAAUAUAACAUCAAAUUUAAUUCGUGCUAUACCAAAUAGUUUAUCUCGUAGUGAAACACAUUUACAUAUAUUUCAUUAG